GUUUCUGUUCUUGUUUCUGUUCUUGUACAUGUAUUUUCGAUUGACUUUAUGAGUGUAGAUCCGCAUCAUCAACGAUUCUUCUCUAUCUGUCUAUAUAUACUUUCCUCUUGCUAAUUCUUGUAACAGGAGAAAAUUGUCUUAUCAUGUUUGUAGGUUAGGAAGGAAUUGGUAUUUUUUCUUAUCUACUUAUUAAUUUCUGGUUUAAACGAAUUCAAGCAAAUAAUAAAAGUGCUAUCAAACACUUGUUGUCAGCCCCGUAGGAGAUAUGAAUCUUUCAGUAGCAUUCUUUGCUCUUCUAUUUACAGUGGGAAACUUCGAUUACUCUACUGUGUUUAGUGUAGCUCCACUUAUUAAUGAAACAUUGGUAUUUCUAAUUGGUCUGCUACUUCUACUGGCGGCAAUGGGUAAAAGUACACAGCUUGGUCUCCACACAUGGCUA